GCGUUGUUCCUGUUAGAGUAGAGGAGGCUGGUGAAGUCCUGCACCUUGCUGAUUUGUUACGUGGGUUCUGUCCACGGUGACAGGAUGAUCAAGUUUGUGCUGAUGGUGAACCAGCAGGGUCAGACCAGACUGUCCAAAUACUAUGAUCCGGUGGAGCUGAGCAGGAGGGCAGCCCUGGAGGCGGUGGUUGUCCGCUGCUGCCUGAGCCGCAGCAAACAUGAGUGUUCCUUCGUGGAGUACAACGACUUUAAGCUGGUGUACCGCCAGUACGCCGCCCUGUACGUGGUGGUGGGAAUCACACACAGUGAGAACGAGCUAUCCAUCUACGAGCUGAUCCAGAACUUUGUGGAGGUUUUAGAUAAAUACUUCAGCCGUGUGAGUGAACUGGACAUCAUGUUCAACCUGGACUCUGUUCACAUCAUCCUGGAUGAGAUGAUCCAGAACGGCCACAUCGUGGAAACAAACAAGAGCCGCAUCCUCGCUCCCCUCACCGCCAUUGACAAGAUGGCAGACGGCUGACCGCUGCAUCACAAUGGGGAGCACUGGACUCGUGUUGGUGGACUGCAAACUGCUGGGAAGUACCAGAUGCUCAUGCACGAAUACAUCCAUCCCAGAGGAACGCUGAACAGUAUGAAUACUGGUGAUGGUUACCAACUGUGUUUACUGUGAAGCCCUCUAGAAAUGAGAGUUUGGAACAAAAUCCUUGGCAGUACAAUCGUUGAUUCUCCAGCUGUUACUUCUGCAACAUGAACAUUGACGCACAACAGAAUAGGGCAUAGAACAAACUAUCACCUAACUAAAGAACUACACAAAUACUUGUUUAUUUAAGACAAAAACAAAAGAACCUUAUUGACAUAAAGUAAAUGAUUCACAAAUUGAACUUAAGCAUAAUGUAAGGAAUCGUCUGAAUGAAACAUGUUCCUAGUAAAUAUUUAUCAUAAAUCCCUAAGUGUUGAUUUGUGUGAUCCAGGCUUAAACAACUUUUUAGAGAACAGACCUUUAAAGUCACAACAAACAACCUCAGAUAGGUGUUCUAAGCUCUCACCACAAGUAGAACAAACGAUAAAGUCCACACCAUGGUCACUAGUGGGUCGAUCGUAACAUUUUAAGAUAAUUCCUUUAUCGUCCUACAAUGGGGAAACUCAGGUGUGACAGGAGCAAAGACCCUGACAGUUCCACAGUUAUUAGCAAGGAAGAGAAGAAGAAAAACAAACUGCUUCAAUGUAAAAUGAGCUCUAAUGAAGUGCCAAGAAGACAAAAAGUAAACUAUACCAGAGUAAAUAUUGCACAAUUCCUGAGAUGGCAUACUCAGGUAAAAAUAAGAUGAACUAUUGAAGUUUAACAGUGGAAAAGACUCCAGCCUAUUUAGAGCAUGCUAUAAAAAGCCUGUUAGUGCAGCAGCUUCCCGAGUAGCCAGGACGUGUGAGUUUAUCUUAGUAUCUGGGAAACCGUGUAAACUAUUAAUGAUCGGAUCAGAACCCGCGCAACAAUUAGUAUGAUGCCAAAAGUUAUUGCUUCUCUCAUUUUAUGGGCACAUGUAACCAAAAUAUAACACUUUCAAAUUCCAAGAUCUAUUACUAGCGCCACCUACUGGUAUGUUUGUUCCUUCUAACAUUUGAUGCGCUCAGUCGGACUGAUGGAGCCUGUAGUCUGGAUUCCCUCAGCAAGUUAAUGCCAGUGAAGUCUGACCCCUAGACGUUCAGUCAGUGUGAAAGUCACGUAGGUUUAGAUGCAUCUGAGCGGAGAGCAGAGCUCCAGUUAAAGACCCAGUAGAGCUGAGGAAACACUGCUUCCCUCUGCUACAGUCUUCAGUGAGCUUUGGAGAUUUUCUACCUCCCUCCCAUCCUGCUCACUGUUAAUGGAGGCAAGAUAAACAGCCUUGUGGCUGAAAGAAACAGGCCUCAGUGUGGCAUCAUAUAGAGAUCCCAAGGAAACAGAGCUUGUGUUCUAGACGUUCUUAGAAACUGUGAUCCACUUCAAACUGAAGUGUAAGUCAUUUCUUGACAUGGGAUUUACCCCACAGAAUUAAUGUUCUUUUAUUAAAAGGUUGAAAUCUUCAAUUGGCUUCAUUUUCUAAAUAUGGCAUCUUAACAUCAGUGCUAAAAUGGCAACAAAACUGAUGUAGUUAUGAUGUAGGUAUGGUAUAAAGAGUGGACCUGCCUUUAGUCUGAGCUGAUAUGGAUUCUGACAAAUACACAAUGACAUGAAGUCAAUCUCAGGUUCAGUCAGUGAACAAUUCAAACUGAGCCUAAAUGUGUCAAUGGUAGAAGAAAACCAAGGCCACCCUCACAGCUUCCAAAUACUUUAGGAGGGUAACUGUUUCUAUAGAUGGUCAUUAUUAGUCAAAAAUGUUGUGCUGAAUAAAGCAAACUUUGCCAAAGAUCUAUUUGAAGGAGUGAACUUGAAAAUGUGUGAAAAGUUGAAAUCUCCUUCAAAAACCAAAACCAGAGGGGUUCAUACCCGUUUUCUGUUUUUAAUGUUACAACUACAAACUCCAAAUGUGUUUUACUGGAGUUUUCUGUGACAGACCAAAAUAAAGCAGCUUAGAAAUGUGA